AUGCAGGUUGCUUCUUUCUUGUAUCACCAAGAGAAGAAGAAUGUUCUUGUUGAACCUGAGGUACAUGACAUUUUUGCCAGAAUCCCUGGGUUUGGUUUUGUUCAGACCUUCUAUAGUCAAGAUACCAGUGAUCUUCAUGAGAGGGUAGAUCUAGUAGCUUGUUUGGGAGGAGAUGGGGUUAUACUCCACGCAUCAAAUUUAUUUAGAGGUGCUGUUCCCCCUGUUGUCUCAUUUAAUCUUGGAUCUCUUGGAUUUCUCACUUCCCAUACUUUUGAAGACUAUAAACAGGACUUAAGACAAGUCAUCCAUGGGAACAACACACUAGAUGGUGUUUAUAUAACUCUAAGAAUGCGUCUCCACUGUGAGAUUUUUCGAAAUGGGAAAGCAAUGCCUGGGAAAGUAUUUGACGUCCUCAAUGAGGUUGUAGUUGAUCGUGGAUCAAACCCAUACCUUUCCAAAAUUGAAUGUUAUGAACAUGACCGCCUCAUAACCAAGGUGCAAGGUGAUGGAGUCAUAGUAGCCACACCUACUGGAAGUACCGCUUAUUCUACAGCCGCUGGAGGUUCCAUGGUAGGCAACCCUUGUUAA